CUCGCACUCUCAUGGAAAGUCUUCGCGCUGGCAUGCAACAGAUGAAGCCCAUGUUUCAUAAGCCACUCUUGGGUCUCGCCCUUCAUUGCUAUACGAUGCAGUUCUGCAUCCUUCUGGGCAUGAAUACCAUACGCCUCUGGUUGCCACAGCUGUUCGCCUCGAUGGCCGAGUAUGAGGCUGAGCAUGCGAACGAAGAUUACUCAGCAACGAUGUGCACGAUUCUCGAGUACAGUGUGAAUAAAACAGCUGAGACUUUGAGAAAUCAUGAGAACGCUUGCGCCGUGCCAAAAACCAUCUCAAUGGAUAUGUACAUCAACAAUAUAAUUGUGUCGUUUUGUGGACUUGUGGGUUAUUCCUUUGCCGGAGCCAUAAUCCGUUUAAUUGGUGCCAAACGCUUGUUGACUUAUGGUCUGCUGGUGUCUGGUGUACUUGGCAUUGCGCUCUACUGGUCCAUUAACAGUCUGACCACAAUUAUCAUCUCAUCCGUUUUUGUUACUGUUGGUUGUUACUGGUUUCAUCUCUUAUCGGUGCUGUCGUCGCCCUCUUUCCCAUCCAAUUGCGAUCGCUGGAGGUGGCCAUUGCCAUGAUGUUUGGACGUCUAGGAGCGCUUCUGGGGGAAUCUACUCUUCCCCGUGUUCGUACAGAUCGGUUGUGUGCCGCCCUUUGUGAUGGUCGCUUCAGUUAUGCUGCUUGCUGCCGUUCUUUCGUAUUUUAUGCCCAAUCCCAAUCUUUAGUAAAAUACUAUUGCGAAUUAAGUUGUAAAAAUAUUUAUUGAAGAACUUUUUAUUGAUAGUCGCUUAGUUUAGUUUAGUUUAUUGUGGCUGACAAG